AUGAUUCAAUUGAAUGAACCAUUGACACAUAUUCGAACCAAACCGAAACUCAUCAACCUUGGGAUUCGAAUUCCACGUACUAGUACUGUUCUUCCUUCUUCUGUUAAUGCGGCUGAUGAGAAAACGAUAAACUCCGUGGUUACGACGACUGAGUCCUCCUCGGUGUUGGAUUCGGUGGUGAUGAUCCACACUUGUUCUAGCAAGCCUAACAUUUGUUAUCCUUGGCAAAACAUGCCACAAAGAAAAUCCAGUGGCUCAGGGUUUGUGGUUCCGGGGAGGAAGAUUAUUACAAACGCUCAUGUAGUGGCUGAUCACAUAUUGGUGCUAGUCAUAAAACAUGGCUCACGAAAGAAGUACAAAGCAGAAGUGAAAGCCAUGGGGCGUGAAUGUGAUUUGGCUAUUUUGGAGAUCGAGAGCGAAGAGUUUUGGGAAGACAUGAAUCCUUUGGAGCUUGGAGACAUGCCCUUUAUGACAGAAUCAGUAGUUGUUGUUGGCUAUCCAAUAGGUGGUGAGAGUAUCUCCACUACAAAAGGUGUUGUGAGUAGAAUCGGAUCAAAAAACUACGCUCAGGGUGGUGCCACUAGUCUACCGGUAAUACAAACAGAUGCAGCAAUGAACCAUGGAAAUAGUGGUGGUCCGGUUUGCAUAGGAAACAAAGUUGUUGGUGUAGCAUUUCAGGGUCUUAGAGAUGCUAAUAGUAUAGGGCACGUAAUCCCAGCUAAGGUAGUAAAACAUUUCAUAACCAGUGUUGAAAAAACCGGUCACUGCGUUGGUUUCUGCUCGCUGCAUCUAUCGUACCAACAUAUGUUGGAUGCAAAUACUCGUAAUCAUUUUAAGAUGGAUCCUGAUAUGACAGGGGUUCUUAUAUACAAUAUUUAUGAACAUUCGGAUGCUCUCAAUGUUCUAAGAAAAGAAGACAUUAUUCUUGAAAUCGAUGGUGUCCCUAUAGGAAAUGAUGGCAUAGUUGUUUUACCAAACAAAGAAGAAAACGUGACGUUGGGUGCUUUGGUUUCUAUGAAGCAAUCAGGUGAAACAAUCUUAGUUAAAGUCUUAAGAGAGGCAAAAACGCUUGAGUUCAGUAUUACUCUAACAAAGCUAGUACGGCUAGUUCCAGCAGUUGGAUUUGAUAACAACAACCCGAGUUAUUACAUAUUCGCUGGUUUUGUCUUUGUGCCUUACAGUUACAGUAAAAAACACAUCAAAGGUUCCAACGGUAUGCUUAAACAUGCAUAUCACAAUAUGCCCAAAAAAGCCGGUCAACAAAAUGUCAUGAUUUCUGAGAUAUUAGUUGAUAUGAUCAAUGUGGAACACUACAUGUACAAGAAUUCUCAGGUGAAGAGUGUCAACAAAGUGGAGGUGGAGAAUCUAAAGCAUUUGUAUGAACUCAUAGAGAAAUGUUGCACCAAAGAUUUGAGGAUAGAGUUAGGAGAUGGUCAAGUUAUAAUCUUGGAUUAUCGGUCGGCUAAAAGUUCCACUUCUUUGAUUUUGGAACGUCAUAGAGUACCAUCAGCAAUGUCCAAAGAUCUCAUGAUUGAUUGA